AUGGGACGGAGUCCUUGCUGGCUCUUAUGGGUCAUAGGCCUGCUGCUUAUGACCAAACUAUGCUUAUCCAACACUGAUGACAAAAACGACCCGACUGGAAAAUCCUCACUUGCCUUUGUCUUCGAUAUCACUGGAUCAAUGUUCGAUGAUUUGGUACAGGUCCGGGAAGGAGCCGCAAAGAUUUUUAAAACCGUGAUGGCCCAAAGAGAGAAGCUGAUCUACAACUACAUUAUGGUUCCGUUCCACGAUCCAUAUUUGGGAGAGAUCAUCAACACAACCGACUCGACGUACUUCAUGCGACAGCUCAGCAAAGUCUACGUGCAUGGAGGAGGAGAUUGUCCGGAGAAGACGUUAACGGGAAUCUUGAAAGCUCUUCAAAUCUCUCUACCAUCCUCGUUCAUCUAUGUGUUUACUGACGCUCGCUCCAAGGAUUACCAUUUGGAAGAUGAAGUUCUCAACACAAUUCAAGAAAAACAAAGUUCCGUGGUUUUUGUGAUGACUGGUGACUGUGGAAAUCGCACGCACCCCGGAUUCAGAACAUAUGAGAAAAUUGCCGCUGCAUCAUUUGGACAGGUGUUCCACUUAGAGAAGAGUGACGUCAGCACGGUUUUGGAAUACGUGAGACAUGCAGUGAAACAGAAAAAAGUUCAUUUGAUGUACGAGGCACGUGAAAGAGGAGGAAUCGUUUCGAGAAAAAUCCCAGUUGACAAGCACCUAUCGGAACUCACUAUCUCACUUUCUGGGGAUAAGGACGACUCGGAUAAUUUGGAUAUUGUAUUGAAGGAUCCAGAAGGAAGAACUGUUGAUAAGAGACAAUACAGUAAAGAAGGAGGAACAAUUGACUUGAAAAAUGUGAAGCUGAUUCGUCUGAAGGACCCAACUCCAGGAGUGUGGACAGUGACCACUAACUCGAGACUGAAACAUACAAUUCGUGUGUUUGGACACGGCGCUGUGGACUUUAAAUAUGGAUUCGCUUCUCGCCCGUUAGAUCGUAUUGAAUUGGCUCGUCCAAGACCAAUCUUAAACCAAAACUCGUAUCUCCUAGUGAACAUGACCGGACUUCUACCACCAGGAACAGUCGGAGAGAUCGAUCUUGUUGACUAUCAUGGACACUCAUUGUACAAAUCCACGGCUUCUCCUCACCGAACAAACCCACAUAUCUACUUUGCUGGUCCGUUCAUUCCACCAAAAGGCUUGUUCUUUGUCCGUGUUCAAGGAUACGACGAGGACAACUUUGAAUUCCUCCGAAUCGCGCCAACUGCCAUUGGAAGUGUUGUUGUCGGCGGACCACGUGCUUUCUUGUCUCCAAUACAUCAGGAAUUUGUUGGUAGAGAUCUCAAUCUGUCGUGCACUGUUGAGAGUGCGUCACCUUACACCAUCUAUUGGGUCCGGACAGGAGAGGAGAUUAUUGGAGGACCACUUUUCUAUCACAACACUGACACCUCCGUUUGGACUAUCCCUGAACUUUCCUUGAAGGAUGCUGGAGAAUACGAAUGCCGCGUCAUCUCCAACAACGGAAACUACAGUGUCAAGACUCGUGUGGAGACGAGAGAAUCGCCGCCGCAAAUCUAUGGAGUCAGAAAUGUGUCCGUGCCGAUCGGAGAAUCCGCAUUCUUGCAUUGCCCCACAAGAUCGGCUGGAGAGGUGGAAAUCCGAUGGACCAGGUUUGGCUCGACUGUUUUCAAUGGACCAAACACUGAGAAGAACCCGAUUAAUGGAACUUUAAAAAUCCAUCAUGUCACUCGAGCGGAUGCUGGAAUCUACGAGUGUAUGGCUAGAAAUGCCGGAGGAAUGAGCACCCAAAAAAUGCAAUUGACGAUCAUGGAGCCGCCUGUAGCCAGAGUUUCUCCAAAGGAAAUCUACUACAACAUCAGAGACAACGUGAAUCUCACUUGCCAGGGACAUGGAGAUCCCAAACCUGAGCUUCAUUGGUAUCGCGGAAGACAAAGAAUGAUGACUGACUACAGAGCAUUGCUUGGGCCAGAUGCAAAAUAUCUCAUUCUUCGUGACGCCAAUGCCCAUGACGAAGGAACCUAUGAAUGCAAGGCUAUGAAUCUAGCCGGAGUUGCCAGUGACACUGUCGAUGUGAUUCUUGCCAGUACUCCCAAAGUUGAAAUUAUCCAGAACAAGAUGAUGGUUGGCCGUGGAGAUCGGGUUUCGUUCGAGUGCAAGAUCAUCCGAGGAAAGCCAGUUCCUAAAAUCAGAUGGUUCAAGAAUGGAAAGGAUCUUAUCAAGACCGACGACUUCAUCAAGGUCAACGAGGGACAACUGCAUAUUAUGGGCGCCAAGGAUGAGGAUGCUGGAGCAUACUCUUGUGUUGGAGAGAAUAUUGCUGGAAAGGAUGUUCAGGUGGCGAACCUGUCUGUCGGACGAGUCCCAACCAUCAUUGAAUCACCUCAUACUGUUCGUGUGAACAUCGAGAGAUCUGUAACCCUUCAAUGCUUUGCCGUGGGAAUUCCAACUCCAGAAAUCGAGUGGCAGAAGGGAGGAAUUCCAAUAAUCUCUGAGAAAAACUUAAGAUAUACUCAACUACCAGAUGGAAACUUGCAAAUCAACGAUGCCCAGAUUGAGGAUCAAGGACAAUUCACUUGUGUCGCUAAGAACACCUACGGACAGCAGUCUCAGACUACAACAUUGAUGGUCACAGGACUGGUGGCUCCAAUUUUGGGACACGUUCCUCCAGAGGAGCAGUUGAUUGAGGGACAAGACUUGACACUUUCCUGUGUGGUGGUUCUGGGAACUCCCAAGCCAACAAUUACAUGGAUGAAGGAUAAUCGACCAGUGCAAGAAAGUGAAUCGGUGCAGAUCAUCGGUGGCGGCUCUCUACUUCGUCUUAAAGGCGGAAAAGCCAGUGACGAAGGAAAGUACACGUGUGUCGCCUCCUCCCCAGCCGGAAACAGCACAAUCAUUGUCAACGUUCAACUCAUCAAGAAGCCAGAGUUCGUGUACACAAUGGAGGGCGGCAACGUCGUCAAACCCGAUGUAUCUGGAUUCGAGCUGAAUCAAGUGGCAACUGUGAACAGUACUCAUGACGUGCUCGAUGGUGGACAAUUCGCGAUUCCAUGCGCUGUGUCCGGUACGCCACCACCAGCGAUCACUUGGUAUUUGGAUGGAAGACGUAUUGUGCCGAACAGCAAAGAUUUCGCAAUUCUGGCUGACAAUACUCUUGUAGUCAAGAAAGCUGACAAAUCACACAAUGGAGUCUACACCUGUACCGCUGUCAAUAGUGCCGGAGAAAAUGAGCAAAAGACAACAGUCAGAAUCCUUAGCAUCCCUGCCAUCUCUCCAGGACAAACUUCGUUCAACAUGGUGGUCGAUGAUCAGAUUAUCAUCCCUUGUGAUGUGUAUGGAGAUCCACCACCAAAGAUCACUUGGCUUUUGGAUGGCAAACCAUUCGAGGAUGGAGUUGUCAAUGAGGAUGGGUCUCUUACCAUUGAAAGAGUCAAAGAAGAGCAUCGAGGAACUUUCACUUGUCAUGCUCAAAAUGCCGCUGGAAAUGAUACCCGCGAAGUAACCCUGACCAUUCACACAACACCAACUAUCAGUGCAGAGAACCAAGAAAAGACCGCGCUUCAAAACGAGACAAUCGUUCUGGAAUGUCCGGCUCAAGCACUUCCGCCACCUGUCAGAGUUUGGACAUAUGAAGGAGAGAAGAUUGACUCGCAGUUGAUUCCACACACAAUCCGUGAAGAUGGUGCACUAGUUCUUCAAAAUGUCAAGUUGGAAAACACUGGAGUAUUUUCGUGCCAAGUGUCCAAUUUGGCUGGAGAAGAUUCACUUUCCUACACUCUCACGGUUUAUGAGAAGCCGAAAAUCAUUUCUGAAGUUCCUGGCUUUGUCGAUGUCGUUAAAGGAUUCACCAUUGAGAUUCCUUGCCGUGCAACUGGUGUUCCAGAAGUGAUCAGAACAUGGAAUAAGGAUGGUAUCGAGCUUAAUCUUGAUGGUGCCAAGUUCUCAGUGGAUAACCUUGGAACCCUUCGUAUCUAUGAAGCUACCAGAGACGAUAUUGGAAACUACAACUGUGUGGUGCAGAAUCAAGCCGGAAAGAGUGAGAUGACCACCAAUGUAGAUGUCCAGGAGCCACCAGUUAUCUCUCCCUCCACUCAGAUCAACAAUACUGCUGUGGUAGGCGACCGUGUAGAACUGAAGUGCUACGUGGAAGCUUCGCCACCAGCUACGGUGACCUGGUCCAGAAGAGGAAUUGCAAUCGGAACAGAUACCAAAGGAUACGAUGUGGAAUCUGAUGGAACUUUGGUUAUUCACAGCGCCACUGUCGAGGAUGCCACUAUUUACACUUGUAAGGCGACAAAUCCAGCUGGUGUUGCUGAGGCAAAUCUGCAAGUCACUGUAAUUGCUUCUCCGGAUAUCAAGGAUCAGGAUGUGGUGACACAGGAGUCCGUCAAGGAGUCAAAUCCAUUCUCGUUGUACUGCCCCGUCUUCAGUAUUCCUCUUCCACAGAUCUCUUGGUAUCUCAACGAUAAGCCUCUCAUUGAUAACGACGCUACCUGGAAGCUCUCGGAUGACAAACGCAAACUCCAUGUUUUCAAGGCAAAAAUCGCUGACUCCGGAGUGUACAAGUGUGUUGCACGAAAUGCGGCUGGCGAGGGAAGCAAAUCAUUCCAGGUGGAGGUUAUCGUCCCACUCAGUCUCGAUGAAUCUCAAUACAAGAAGAAGGUAUUUGCCAAGGAAGGAGAGGAAGUGACACUUGGAUGCCCAGUUUCCGGAUAUCCAACUCCAAAGGUUGAUUGGGUCGUCGAUGGAACCUUGUUGAGAGCAGGAGGAGAGUACAAAGGAGCGAGAUUGUCAGAUGAUAGUCUUACGCUGCAUUUCGAUAGUGUCGGCAUCAAAAACGAGGGCAAGUACCAUUGUAUCGCUCAAAGCAAGGGAAGCACUCUUGACGUGGAUGUGGAGCUAUCAGUUUUGGCUAUCCCAAUCGUUGGUGAUGACGAGGAGCUUGAAGUUCUGAUUGAUAAAGACAUCUCUCUAUCUUGCGAGCUGUUGACCGAAUCUGAUGAUAAGACUACUUUUGUUUGGUCUAUCAACGAAAUUGAAAACGAGCGUCCCAAGAAUGCCCAAAUCCCAAGUGACGGACACCGAAUGUACAUCACCAAUGCCAAGCCAGAGAAUAGUGGAAAGUAUAUUUGUAGAGUCACCAAUUCCGCCGGAAAAGCCGAGAAGGUCAUCACCCUCAAAGUUCUGGAACCACCAGUCUUUGUUGAAGGAGAAGUGGAGACUAACCGUAAACUCAUCGGCUCCAAUCCAGUGAUUCUGGCAUGUCUGGCAACUGGAAAUCCACAACCAAUCAUUACCUGGAAGAUUGAUGGAGAGGAUGUAGAUAAGAAUUUGUUGUUGGAUGAAAGUCACUUGAGAAUUGAGACUCUCAACACGAAAUCCGUACAAAUUACAUGCUCGGCUGAGAAUAAAGCGGGAGCCAUUUCUCGUGACUUCUACGUUCAGAACAUUGCCGCGCCAACAUUCAAGGAUGGUGGAGAGAGCAGUACUACGUUCCGGGAAUCUGACACCAUCACCCUGGACUGCCCUGUGUCUCUUGGAGACUUUGAAAUUACUUGGAUGAGACAAGGAAACAAGCUAACAGAAAAAGAUGCCAUCUUCACCCUUGACAACACCAGACUCUCAAUUCUCAACGCUAAUCGUAAUCAUGAAGAUGUCUACACUUGCGUUGCCAACAAUACUGCUGGUCAGGUGUCCAAAGAGUUCGGAGUCAAAGUUCUAGUUCCACCAAAGAUCAAACACGUGCUAGUAACCUUGGAACCAAACGAGGGAGAGGAAGUUAUCAUGCAAUGUAAUGCAGAAGGAAAUCCACAACCAAUGGCAAGGUGGGAUUUCAAUCAGGGUCAACUUCCGAAAGACGCAAAGACGGUGAAUAACAAUCACACCGUUGUUAUCCAGGAAGCCGAUAAGAGGCAUACUGGAGUUUAUAAGUGCUACGCUACUAACGAUGUCGGUCAAGCUGUGAAGACCAUCAAUGUCAAUGUCAGAACUCGCCCAAGAUUCGAUUCUGGAGUCACUGAUGUAAACGUAACAGUAGACCUUUCAAGAUCAGCUACUUUGGAAUGUGACACAGAUGACGCGUUAGGAAUUGCUAUCACUUGGACAGUCCGUGGAAAACCAAUGCUGGUCGACACCGAUGGCAUCCAACUGUUGGCUGGUGGCCGAUUCUUGCACAUUGUUUCGGCUAAAACCGAGGAUAUUGGAGAAUACGCGUGUACCGUCACCAACGACGCUGGCGUGGCAACCAAGAACUUCAAUUUGGCAGUUCAUGUACCACCAACAAUUGUGAAUGAAGGAGGAAUCUACACAGUGAUUGAGAAUAACUCUUUGGUGCUUCCUUGUGAGGUAACUGGAAAUCCAACACCAGUGGUCACCUGGACUAAGGAUGGAAAGCCAUUGGGAGAUUUGAAAUCUGUGCAAGUGCUUUCCGAAGGACAGCAAUUCAAGAUUGUGCAUGCUGAAAUCGCUCACAAAGGAUCGUACAUCUGUAUGGCGAAGAACAACGUGGGAAGCGCGGAGAUCAGUUUUGAUGUUGAUAUUAUCACUCGUCCGAUGAUCCAAAAGGGAAUCAAGAAUAAUAUUGAUGUGAUCAAGGGUAACACCGCCACAUUGAAGUGUCCAAUUGAGGAUGACAAGAACUACAAGGGCAAAAUCAUUUGGACGUUUGACGGACGAGUUAUUGAUUUCAACGAAGUCGGGCCUAGAAUCAGUCAUGUUUCGAACGAUCGUCGUAUUGCAAUUCAUAAUGCUACUGAAGCUGACGAUGGAGCGUACAGUUGCCGUGUCAAGAACGACGCUGGAGAGAACAACUUUGAUUUCAAGGUCAACGUUCACGUCCCACCAAAGAUCCUCAUUCUCGACAAAGAUCUCAACAAGACUGUUACUGAAAGUGGAAGCCUCACACUCUCCUGCCCAGCAACCGGAAAACCAGACCCAGCAAUUAGCUGGUUCAAGGAUGGAGAUGUCAUCCACGCGGACAACAUCCAGAACAUUAUUCCAAACGGUGAGCUCAGUGGAAACGUGCUCAAAAUCUCUAGAGUCAUGGAGGAAGACGCUGGAAGAUACACUUGUGAAGCUGACAAUGUUGCUGGUAGUGAUGAGCAAGAUGUGAUUGUUUCUGUGCAGACGAUUCCCAAGAUUGAGAAGGAUGGAAUCCCAUCAGAAUAUGAAUCUCAGAAGGAUGAACGAGUUGUAAUUUCCUGUCCGGUUUACGCAAAGCCACAAGCCAAAAUCAUCUGGCUCAAAGCUGGAAAGCCUCUGGAAUCUGACAAAUUCGUGAAGACAAGUGCCAAUGGACAGAAGCUCUAUCUGUUCAAACUCCGAGAUACCGACUCCAGCAAGUAUACCUGUAUCGCCACGAAUCCUGCUGGAAGUGAUAAGAGAGAUUUCAAAGUGAGCAUGCUGGUGGCUCCAUCGUUCGAUGAGCCAAACAUUGUUCGUCGCAUUUCCGUCAACGCUGGACGCCACACAAUAUUGUCUUGCCCAGCCAAGGGUAGUCCGAUCCCUACGAUUACAUGGCUCAAAGACGGUAGAGCCAUUGAGCCAAACGACCGAUACGUUUACUUGGAUUCUGGAAAACUGUUGCAAAUCAGUGAUGUCGAAGGAGGGGAUCAAGGAAGAUAUACUUGUAUUGCAACGAAUUCAGUGGGAUCUGAUGAUUUGGAGAACACGCUGGAUGUUGUGAUUCCGCCAGUUAUUGAUGGAGAACCAAAAGAGACAAUCAGUAUAAUUGAAGGAUUCCCGAAGGAUCUGCUUUGUGAAAGCAACAGCACUAAUGGAGACGUGGAAUGGCAGAAGGACGGUCUCACAAUCAACCAGCAAACUCUCCGUGGAGACAGCUUCAUUCAAAUUCCAUCAUCUGGAAAGAAGCUCAGUUUCCUCUCUCCAAAGAAGUCGGACUCUGGAAGAUACACAUGCAUUAUGAGAAAUCCAGCUGGAGAGGCUAGAAAGGUCUUUGAUUUCACCGUCAAUCUCCCACCAUCCAUCAGUGACGAGCUCUCUUCUAACACAAUUCUCACAAUGGUCUCUAAUGGAGUCUUGGAAAUCAACUGUGUGGUUUCGGGAUCUCCGCAUCCAAAGGUCACUUGGCUCUUCAAUGAUGAGCCAGUCGAGAAUGACGAGAACCAUGAGUUCAAUGCAAAUGGAGAAACGCUUCGAUUGAAGUAUUUGACAGAGUCUCAUGCUGGAACCUACACUUGCAAGGCGGAAAAUGUCGUUGGAGAAGCUACAAAGGACUUCUAUGUCAGAUACACAGCCCCACCAAACUUUGACACUCAAGAAGAAGUGAUUGUUGCCAAGGUUGGAGAUUCGGUAUUCCUGACGUGCCAUGCCAAGUCUAGCACACCGAUCACAUUUGUCAAAUGGUCUGCUAAAGAUGAAGAGGUUGAUGCAUCUGACACCAAGUACGCGGCAACAGAUAAGACAAUGAAUGUGACCAAUAUUCAACUGGAUGACGAAGGAGUUUAUUUCUGUACAGUUGUCAACGAUGCAGGAAGAACAACGAAGUACUUCAAAAUCAGUGUUAUUGAACCACCAUCGUUCAAUGAUAAACAAGAGCUCUACCCGAUUGUGUAUGGAAAAACGUUGUCUAUCGAUUGUUCGGCCAUCGGAACACCUAUUCCAACAAUUAUCUGGAUGAAAGAGCCUGGCUUGGCUUUGAAGUUUCUGACCAGUUUGAAAACUUUGUAA